AAAUGUAUAAAAAAAUUGGAGGUGGUGUAAAAAGCUGUUGCAUUUUAAUAGUAAUUUUAUUAUGUACUGCGCUAUCACAAGAUAUAUCUGAAGGUGUAAAUUCCCAUAUAAGUAUUUAUCAUGGUUUAAAAGAUGAGUUUAAAGGGGAAAUUCCAAAGCCGUUUGAGAAAAUUGGCGAAAAGUAUUACAACAUCGAUCAAAAUAAUACCGUAAAUUGGUUUGGAGCUGCAGAAAACUGUCGGCAGAUUGGAGGAAACCUUGUCAAUCUACAAAACAAACUCGAAUUGGAAAAUAUUAAAGUGAAGUUAAAUAGUUCGUUUAUAUACUGGACCGACCUGAAUAACCUUGCCAAAAAAACAGUGUUCUAUUCAUUAACAACAGGGAGUUACAGUAAUUUUCUUAAUGUUGAGAAUGACGAACUCGAUAUGUGCGGCAUUUUAAAAUAUGAAAAGAACACGCGAGAAUUUACAGUGGGACAACAAAAGUGCAUGAAAAAAGGUCGUCCUAUUUGUGAGUCAAAAUUACCAACUACAAUAUCGGUUUCCCUAUGGUAAUCAGAACUAGUUAUUGUUAAUCCACUCAAUUAAUAAAAACAGUAUUUAAUGUUCUCAA